GAGAGAGAGAGAGAGAGGACAGAACAGAAAUUACACUCGAUACUACCCUGCCUGGAAGAACAGUCUUAUAUUUCAUUAGGCUAUAUAUUGCAUGAAUUCUUCAAACUUAUUUACGCAAUAAUUAUGAUGAUGAUGAUGAUGAUGAUGAUGAUUGUGGCUGGUCAGUGAGUCCAGAUGCGCAGUGAUGAGGAAUUAGUCUGAAUUAGUCUCAGAAGUUGUGACGUGACGUUCUGGGAAUAAACAUGGCACAAGGAAAAGUUUAAACGGGAAAAAAUCUGAGGUUUUGUGUCCGUAUGGACGGGAAAGCACCAUCGGAUCUUUACCCAAGGAUGCCGUGCUGGACUCCGUGAUCCCCUCAGAAAUAAAGAUCCAUAACUAUCUUUCUUUCUUUCUUUCUUUCUUUAUUUCAAUCAGUGUCAUUUUUCACUGGAUGCCAAGUGGAGCUACAGGAAUCUGGAUGUGAAGUAGUUCAAUAAAAGGGCGAUUAGAGAUGGAAAUGUCUCAUUUCUUUUAAACAACCGGAAUCACCGCACCUUCAUUCGGAUUUAUCAUGAUUUUAUUAAAUAUUCUGGCACUCCUGAUUGUAGCGGAUGAGGUGGUUGCUUUGGAGAAUGGUGAAUGGACAGCCCCCAUGGACUGUUUACGGGCGAGCGAGAUGUGUAACCAGAACGCUCAGUGCAGCUCACGUUUCCGUAUCAUGCGCCAGUGCCUGGUGGGCCGAGACCGCAGUGCCAUGCUGGAGAAUAAGGAGUGCCAGGCGGCGCUGGAGGUCCUGCAGGACAGCCCACUGCACCACUGCCACUGCAAGAGGGGCAUGAAGAAGGAGCUGCAGUGCCUGCAGAGCUACUGGACCAUCCACAUGAGCCUCAACGAAGGAGAAGAACUUUACGAGACGUCCCCCUACGAGCCAAUGCAUUUCUCAGAUGAAUUCCGACUCGCUUCUAUUAUUUCAGCCAUGGACUCGGCCUCGUCUAAGGGUACCGUGUGUCCCGAGUCUAUGAAUUCGUGUAAUCCAUGUCUGGAUGCUACAAAGGCGUGUAACCUGAAUGCGGUGUGUAAGCGUCAGCGCUCGGCCUACGUCACCGCGUGUAGCCGCUCUGUACCCAUCACACUCUCCGAGCCGUGCAGCCGUAAACGCUGCCACCGGGCACUGCGCCAGUUCUUUGAGCGCGUGCAGAACGAUCUGAGCUACCCACUGCUCUUCUGCUCGUGCAGGGACAAAGCGUGUGCUGAGCGACGACGCCAGACCAUCGUACCCACCUGCUCUUUUGAGGAAAAGGCAAAACCGAACUGCCUCGAGCUCCGGAGGAUCUGUCGAUCAGAUGCACUCUGCAGAUCCAGAUUGGCAGACUUCCACAUGAACUGCCAGACGACUCCGCACUCGAUAACGAGCUGUCCUAAUGACAACUACCAUGGCUGUCUCGUGUCCUACGUGGGGCUUAUAGGAUCAGAUGUGACCCCAAACUAUGUGGAUGCCAACCACGCCAACAUCACCAUAUCGCCAUGGUGCAGUUGCCGUGGCAGCGGUAACCAGGAGACAGAGUGUGAAGCUUUUCUGCGUGACUUCAGAGAGAACGCAUGUCUACGAAACGCAAUCCAGGCGUUUGGUUACGGAGCGGACGCUGGUUUCCUUCCGUUCACCGAAUCUCAUUCCAUCGUCCCAUCUGAAAAACCCAACCUUCACCCUGCCAUUAUAACUAAACCCGACAUCAUCAACAACGACAUCAAACAGGUCGAGAGUGCGUGCGUUUUCUCCACGUGCGCUAAUCUUAAGGACGGUGCAGAGAAGUGUUCUCCCUCCAGCAGUUUUGAAUGUGCAGAUGAGAACGUUCUGGACUCCAACAUGGACGGCUCCAUCGACUCCCACCAAUCCGAGAACGACAGACACUCAUCCGCGUAUCUGUCCAGCAUCUCCACGGCAACCAUCGUCCUGUCCAUCGUACUUGUCAUUCAGGUCAUGUAAAUAAAUCUCCGAGUCCACAAGGGCCAAAACAAUCAGCUGGACACCUCCAGUCCAAACACUGACAUUGAUCUCUGUCAUUCUCUCUAUCUCUAUCUCUUUCUCGCUCUUUCUCUUUCUGUGUGUCUCACAAGCCAUUUUUAACAAUUUUCGUCAAAAUGAAGAGAAGCAGCGACUGCAGAAUUGUAGUCCUACAGCACGGGAAGCAUCUCCGUGACUAUUAGCUUAGCAUCAUGGGCUAAUCAGGGGGAGUUUUGAGAAAAUUGGGAUUGAACAGCCAAAGGAAGUAAGAAUGCAAAAAAGCUUUUGUGAUGUACAGGUAUAUAAUCACAGGAGACCUUUCAUGGAUAAUUGAAACAGCAUGUGGCUGUCAGAUACAGACGCAUUUUCCAUAAUAAUGAGCUUCUUCUUUAUAAUUACAUCCAGCUGAGCAGCAAGUUCUGUAAAAUAAAUCUCCACACAGCUGUCUGAUAUGGCAGGACACAUGGUUCAUAUGUAAAACGCUUUUAAUUUACAGAUAAAGUCAGGUCCAACAGCAUGAGUUAGCAGAAAUGACUCUUUUUUUUUUUAUCGAAUCAGUUGUCAAACACUAAGGCUAGUGGAUGACUAGAAAUAUGGAUGCUUCACCCCAGACCAUCUCUGAUUGGCUGACACUUGGUCAUGUCAAAGUAUGUUACACUAAAAAUGGAAAUAAUAUGGAUAAUGGUGAUCAAUUUUCACACAAUGCCACGCCUCAGUUGGCAUGGCAUCUUCAGCACUGAGUUAUAAAUAAGGAAUAAAACAUGAUAGGGUGGCCGCUUUACGUCAGGCUGCAUCACACUCCUCUGUCAUUGAUUAUUUAUCCAUAACCGCAUGACCUGCAAUGCUUUCUUCCUCUCAUUCCACAGCCAUUUGUGCCUACAUUUAUGGUUCAUUUGUUACUAAUUAAAGAGCAACCCAUCAUGUUGUUAUCCUUUUACAGUUACAUUUAAUAUUAACUCCUGAUAUCCUUUAUGCUAUAACAAGUCUGGGAAGACGUUCCUUCAGAGAAUCUCCAGCGCUGAUUCUGGAGACUCCUCCGAAACAUGCGAAAUAAACAUCAAUUUAAAUCUGUCCCUGUGUAAAUGUCACUACAGUAUUGAGAAUUCAGCAGCACUGUGGUCUCGUAAUUAUUAAUGGCAAGUACAUUUUUGUUGAUCUUACUCAGUUAAGCUGUUAUUCAAGAACAGACAUGAACUGAGACAAAUACACUAUACGGCAUAAAGUAUGUGGACACCUGACCAUCACACCAUUAUGUGGUUCUUCCCCAAUCUGUUGCCACAAAGUCUAAGCACAUAAUUGUAUAGAAUGUCUUUGUAUGCUGUAGAUUUACAGUUUCCUUUCACUGGAACUAAGAGGCCCAAACCUGUUCCAGCAUGACAAUGCCCCUGUACGCAAAGCAAGGUUCAUGAAGAUAUGGUUUGCCAAGGCUGGAAUAGAAGAGCUCAAGGGUCCUGCACAGCGCCCUGACUUCAACCCCACUGAACACCUUUGGGAUGAACUGGAACGCUUACUGUACCCCAUUCCUCCUCAUCCACAUCACUGCCUGAUCUCACUAAUGCUCUUGUGGCUAAAUUAUCACAAAUCCCCACAGCAACGCUCCAAAAUCUAGUGCAAAGCCUUCCCAGAAGACUGGAGGUUAUUAUAAGAGCGAACUCUGGAAUGGGAUUUUCAAAAAGCAUAUGUGAGUGUUAUGGUCAGGUGUCCACAAAUGUUUAGACGUAUAGUGUAUGAGCUUGAAAUCUGUCUAAAUAUGUUGUCAAAUUUCAGCAUGUACCAUACAGUGUAUUAAGUUCAGACAGAGUCCAUAUAAAUUUUUUUCUUAACCAGUAGCCCACAGUUUUUCCACCCCUUGAAGUGUUUUGUGUUCUCAUCCCUGCUGCUUUCCUUUAAUAAGGCUGUGCUGAAUUUAUAUCCGAUUUUAAUCAUGAUCACAGAUUUCGGCUUCCUUAAUUACCUAAUCAGUACAACAUUAGAGAGUUUGGCUAAAUAGGAUAAUGUUAGAUCAUUUUGUAUAAUGAUGCUGGGGUGAUAAAUGAUGAGCUCCCUAUUCACGUGUUUAACUGUUUAUUUGUUAGUGCACUUACUGUAUUCAUUUAUUUAAGUCUAGCUGUGCUUAUAAUUACCCUGUAAUAUGAUAUGACUUGAGUAAGGCCCAGUUUUAUUUUGAUUGAAUAUUUAUAGUACAACCCCAAUUCCAAAAAAGUUGGGACACUGUGUAAAAUGUACACAAAUGAAAUGUAAAUAAACCCAUAUGUUAUUCACAUUAGAAUAUAAAAAAAU